CGGAAACAGCAUUACCCACAAUGCAAGUGGUCUUCCAAAACAGGAAACGUAUCUCUAUCGCCAGUUCAAAUUAAAUCUCCAACUAGAAGGAGUUUUGUGAAAAAAAAAUUCAACCGCCAUUACCUUAUAAUACCUCUUCAAAGGGUUGCACUCUUUUAACCAAUGGUUCCAUUUAAAAUGGUGGUAGACGAGUGAGCACGGGAGUGUUUAUGAUCGCCUUGGAGACGAACGACGCCUCAACAAAUUGAUGCUAAACUAACCAGCUAACUGCUACCGUAAUGGUAAACAAACCAGAAUGGCCACCAAGCCAAAAGGGAAACCACCUAAAGGCUCAUUCGGUGAUGGAGAUAUCCUUGACAGCUUGUUUGAUGAUCACAACUUACCAGUAAGAAAGAAAUCGGGACGUGGUGGAUUACGACAUGGCACAUCUGACAUUGAAAACAUCUUCAGUAUGCUAGAUGACUUAACGAUGGACGAAGGCAACUCUGAGGGUCCAGAUGAUAUGACUCUUGCGCCAAAGAAAAGAAGUAAUUCGCCCUUUGGAGAACCAAAACCAUCAGAUAAUGAAGGGUUCUUACCAGAACCAGAUAUAGCAAGUGAUAUAAAACCAAAGGAAGCUGAUGACGCUCCAAUUGAGGGGAAGACGAGCUCAUCUUUAGCACGUAACAGAAAGUUCAGCUUUUCUGACCUUGAUGACCAGGAUGACAUAGAUGACCUAGUUGACCUGCUGGAUGGCUUGCCACAAAAUAAAACCAAAACGCCAUCCAAAUCCAAUUCACAGCCGGCCAACCCCGAAAAAGGGCUACCUUCAAAUUCUGCAUCUCUUGUUCACAAAAAGGAAACAACUAGUCCGACAAAAAAACUAAAUGAACUUGCAUUUGAUGAUGAGAAAGAUGAUUUGAUUGAUGAACUUGGUUUGGACUGCGAAAAUCCCAAGAAAAAAGACAAUGUGCUUUGGUCCAACAGGGAAAGUGAGCAACCACAGAGAGCUCGUACAAGACUCGAUGAGAUUCUAGAAAACUGUAAUUCCCGCCGUCUGGAGUGGCCACCAUCAGGUACUAAGAAAGACCAGCCUCCAUCUCGGGAGAAGAACUCCAAUAUGAAAGAGGUCCUUUUAGAAGAUGACCUCACAUAUGGGUCCUAUCAGCCCAUAAUGGGCGACACCUCUUCAGGACACCAGUCCCGCAGGCAGUCUAUCAGAUUUCCCGCAGAGGAUGUCUGUGUUUCCACCGUGGAGAAAAAGCCACCGAUCGUCCCAAACGCCCCUCGAUCCCGGAACCCGGCUGACUGGCUCUGUCUCAGAGCAAACGAUGAGCAGAGUUACUUCGAAGGUGACGCCAAAGAGAGGAGGAGUCCCACAGAUUCUCCAAAAUUUCCUUCCUCUCCUUUAUUGGAGAGAAAACCCUCUCUGUCUAAUGACAAGAAUACAUCAGGGGCUAAAACGGAAGUGAAUGCCUCAGCUUUGAUUGACAACAAAAUAGUAAAAGUGGAGGUGACCAAAAGGCAAAAGAAAGAUGAGGAACAUGAUGAUUGGUUGGUAGGAGCUCUUAGUAGAAGGAAGUCUUUCUCAGGAUCUAACGCUGAUGUCAAAAUCUUUAAUCAGCAGCAAUCAUUAGGCCUGGGACGAGAAGUGGAUAUGGAGUUACUUGUUAGUAAGGAGCCUCCUUCACAAGCCCACAGAAGCAAAAAUAACAUAUCUGGUAAACAGCUGUCAUCCUCCAAGGAUACUGGCACCUCAUUUGGCCAACAUAUUCUUGCUGUUAAGAAUGCCCCGGAAAGAGAAGAGAGAGCCAACCAAGCACUUUCACAGCCAAACCUAAUGCGACAUUCAGCAGCUGCUGUCCAACAACAGGUGUCAUUUUCAGCUGACAGCCUGCAGCAGUUGUUACUACAACAGCAGUUAUUGGGUGUUGGGUCUGUGCAAAAACUCAAUGAGCAGCAUCAUGGAGAUGGAGAAGAUUUACACGCACGAAUCACUCAGCUGGAGGGACAGACUAAGACUCUGCAGCUGGAGCGAGACCACAGCCAGAUGUUGUUGGAGAGUCUCCAGGAGCGACACAGACAGGACCUGGAACUCAUGGAAAACGCCCACAAGACUCGAGUGAAGCUUCUCGAGGAAUCGGCAAUCCAGAGGGAGACUCGGAUGCGACAGGAAAGCGAAGACCUUAUUGAACGCUUGGCUGCGCUAACACAAGCUGCUGAGAAGGAGCGUUCAGACCUGCAGGCUCAUUACCAGCGUAAACUGGCCCAGUUCCAACAAGACCAAGAUCGUGAGGUAGAGAGACUACGGGAUUUGCAAAGGAAAUCCAUCAUGGAGAUGAAGAAAGACCACGAAGACCAUGUUAAUAGACUGAAAAGGUUAAAAGAAGAAGAGAUUGAUGCAGUGACAAGUGCAACAUCUGAGACCAGGUCUCUGACGCUAGUGAUUGAGCAGAUGGAGCAGUUUUCCUCUCGGCUUGGAGAUCUCUCCUCCCUUGUCGAGAGCAGGCAUGAACACACAACCCUUGGCUUGGAGCAGGGGGCACGGCACAGAGACGACCAGCUUCGAAUCAUGCAGGAUCGUUUGACUCAGCAGCAGAAAGUGAUGGCAGAGGAGAAGGCCUACCUUAAGGAAAUCAUUUCCAGGAUGGACACUCAGAUCAGUGAACAGCAGAGACAAAUUGAAAAGGAGCGCUGGAAGGUUACCGCAGAGCAAGCCAAGGUGGAGUCUUCCCUGAGAAACGUGGAAGAAGAACGCCGGUCUCUGACUAUACAGAUGAACAUGGAGAGAGAGGAGCUGGAAAGAGCCAAGAGUGCGUUACUGGAUGAGCAGAAGGCAGUGAUGCAGCAGUGUGCAGAAGAGAGAAGAAAGCUAGCCGCAGAAUGGAACACCUUCCAUGUCCAGGAAAAACAGCGUCGAGAAAGGGCCGAGCAAGAUGUCAGCACUCUACUGGAGAGGAGAGAAGGCUCCAUAAUGAGUUUGGCACAGGAGCAAGCAGAUUUGAAACUUCGCAGUGGAGAAUUGAAACAGAAAGAGAUGGCUGUGGCACAGGAAAGGGAGGCUCUGGAACAACUUAAAGGAGAACUGGAUCGAGAAAAAGAGAGAAUAAGCAGCACUGCUCUGAGGCUCAAAAUUCGAGCACAGGAGGUUGAGGCUUUCAGCAAGUUGGCUGCUGAAAAGUAUGAGGAAGGAGAGCAAGCAUUGCAAGAGGCCAAACGUUUGGAGGCUGACCACCAGGCAAGGCUGAGAACCAUUCAUUCCCAAAUUGAGAGACUGAGGCAUCUUGAACAACGUGCUCUUCAGGCACGAACCCAGUUUAAUCUGCAGGAGGCAGUGGAGAAGCACAGACCUGAACCUCCAAAUGCUUCUUUGAUGCAAAUCAAUCCCACUCUACCAGACUCAGGGUCAGCAAUGUUCGAGCCAAAGAUGACACAAACAUUUAGCACAACUCAGAUUAUACCCAAUUCUCAAUCUGUGGCACUUCAGGCCAGUCUGGCUAUAUGGAAGUACAAUGCACGAAAGGACCACGACUACCUGCAAGAGCAGCAGAUCUUCCUCGAAAACCUGAAGAAAAAGUCUAACAGACAGAAGUCACACUGGCCUCUAGCAUCAUGAUUCAAGAUCAGUUUUAGGGGCUUAACAUAGUUUUGUACAAGAAC